UUUUGGGGAGGGGGGGAUGAUGAAAUGAUUUAAAGAGCCAGCGUGAAACCGAGGGAGGAGCAAGAAAUGAGGAGAAUGGCAUCAAGAAUUCUCUCCAACUUCACCAACCUCAGCGUUUUCAUUCUUGUCUUCCUUUCAGAAUUUGCAUUAGCUUCAGCUUCCAGCACCAACACCAAAAAAUCUCAUGAAGCCUUCCUCCAAUGCUUUCUUGGCUACACCAACUCCAACUCCACCGCCCAAGCCAUCUACACCCCAAACACCCCCUCCUACGACACCAUCUUGCGCUCCUCCGCCCAGAACCUCCGAUACCUCUCCCCCUCCACCACCAAGCCGGCCUUCAUCGUAGUCCCGGCCAACCCGUCCCACGUCCAAGCCACAGUCACCUGCGGCAAAGCCCAUGGCCUCCGUGUCAGGACCCGGAGCGGCGGCCAUGACCACGAGGGCCAGUCUUAUGCCUCGGCCGGCGACUCCUUCAUCCUCCUCGACCUCGUCAACCUCCGAUCAGUCUCCAUCGAUGCAUCAACCGGCACCGCAUGGGUCGAGGCGGGCGCGACGGUGGGCGAGCUAUACUAUGCCAUCGGCAUUGUCACCAAGAACAAGACGGCGGCGUUCCCCGCCGCCGCCUACCCUACCGUCGGCGUUGGUGGGCUGUUCAGCGGCGGCGGGAUCGGGACCCUGUUAAGGAAAUAUGGAACCUCCGCCGACCACAUCGUCGACGCGCUAGUUGUUGACGCCCAUGGCAAUCUCUCGACCAGAGAGACCAUGGGCGAGGAUCUCUUCUGGGCCAUAAGAGGAGGAGGAGCAGCUAGCUUUUGCAUCGUGAUCUCAUACAAGAUCAGCCUAGUCUCCGUUCCCCCCACGGUAUCUGUGUUCAGAGUCGACAGAGACCUAUCACAGGGUGUGACUAAAAUAGUGGAGAGAUGGCAACACGUUGCACCGAAGCUUGAUGAUGACCUCUUCGUCAGGGUCCUCACCAUGGCCAUCGACGACGGUGUGGGUGGGAAGGUGAAUCGAACAAUUCGAGCUUGGAUCGAGGGCUUGUUCCUCGGCGGCAGGUGCGAAGAUCUGCUCUCGAUCCUGGAGGAGAGGUUCCCCGAGCUGCGUGCCGGCGCGAAGGACUGCACUGAGAUGAGCUGGUUACAGUCUACUCUCUUCUUUGCCCAGGGCUAUUCUGUGGACAACCCAUCCCAGUUGUUGGAUAGGAGGCCACAACGCAAUAGCUCGACAAAGGUGAAGUCGGACUUUGUGAAGAAAGCCAUCACCGAGAAGGGGUGGGAGCGAAUCUGGAAGCUGUUAUUGGAAGCGAGAGAUCAGCGUGUGGGCUUGAUACUGGAACCAUGGGGAGGGAGGAUGGAUGAGAUAGCGGAGGAUGCCGUUGCUUUCCCUCAUCGGAAGGGGAAUCUGUACAACUUGGCGUACUUCAUGAGGUGGUUUGAGACGGAGGAGGCAGCGGCUCGGAUGCAUUUGAAGUGGAUGAGGAAGCUGUAUCGUUUCAUGACUCCUUAUGCAUCCAAGAACCCAAGAGCUGCGUACCUCAAUUACAAGGAUUUGGACUUGGGUAGGAAUGAUGGAGGAAGGACGAGCUACGCCAAAGCUAGCGCCUGGGGAAGGAAGUACUUCUUGAAUAACUUCGAGGGAUUGGCACGUGUGAAGGCUAGAGUUGAUCCUGAUAACUAUUUCUGGAAUGAGCAAAGCAUCCCACCUCUCUUUGCUUGAGAUCAGUGUAGGUGAAAGCUGGCCAAGAAUUGAUUUCUGGUUACGUUUUAUGCUCUCCAAGACUCCAACCUAAUAGGUUUAGCAAAAUGACCACGAACUUGUAAUAAUGGAGAUGCAUGCAUGUUGUCGUAGCCAGAAUUCUAGGUACCACAUAAUUGGCCAGAAUUCCAGUUACGUGAAAAUGGUAUCGAUGUUGGGUGUACCAAAUCUAUUGCAUCUACCAUGCUAGUCAUACUAAAUUGUUAUUCUCA